CAGGCACCGGGCACACUCUGCUGUUCCGCACGCACCGAGCCGACGCAGUGUCUGCAGCACCAUGAGCGGUGCUCACUGCCACCUUGGAUUCCUGCUCCUGGUCGAAGCAGUACUAUGUGCUGCCACCAUGCGGUUUCAAGAUGUUGUGAGCCAUGGAAGAGCUUCUCCUGUCACAUCCCACAAGAACAUACAAGGCUGGUCUAGCGAUCAAAAUAAAUGGAAUGAAAAGCUUUAUCCUUUCUGGGAAGAAGGAGAUCCCAGAUGGAAGGACUGCUGGAAAGGUGGAAGGGUAACAGCCAAGCUGGACACUGAUAGCCCAGCACUGGUGGGAUCCAAUGUGACCUUUGUUGUGACUCUCCAGUUUCCCAAGUGCCAGAAAGAAGACAAUGAUGGCAACAUAAUAUAUAAGAGAAACUGUACCCAGGAUCUUUCAGCUCCCCAGAAUCAGCAACUCUAUGUCUACAACUGGACUGAAUGGAUCGACAACUGUAGGUGGGAAAACUGCACAGGCAACCACAGCCAUAAUGUGUUUCCAGAUGGGAGACCUUUCCCUCGUUACCCUGGCUGGAGGAGAAGGAACUUUGUCUAUGUGUUUCACACGCUUGGCCAGUACCACCAAACAACUGGACGAUCUUCAGCAACACUUUCAGUCAACACAGCAAACAUCACUCUUGGCCAACACGGGAUGGCAGUGUCCGUUUACAGGAGAGGGCACGCGGCGUACGUCCCCAUUGCGAGAGCCAGCGCCACUUACCUUGUGACUGACAAAAUUCCAAUAUCUGUGAGUAUGUCCCAAAAACAUGACCGCAACAUCUCGGACUCCAUUUUUAUCAAAGACUCACCAAUCACGUUUGAUGUGAAGAUUCAUGACCCCAGCUUCUAUCUUAAAAAUUCUGCCAUCUCCUACAAGUGGAACUUCGGAGAUGGAAGUGGCUUAUUUGUAGCCAGAAGUUCCAGUACAUCUCACACCUACACUCUGCAAGGAAACUUCACUCUGAAUUUAACUGUCCAGGCCAUAAUACCUGUACCUUGCAAGCCAGUAACACCCACUGCACCACCACCCACCUCAGCAGGUAAGAGUUUAUUGAGCAGCACAGCAGCAACUGGAGCAACAACUAAUUCAGACUCUACCAUCAUUGACUCAGUGGAAGAUAAUCCUGAUGAAGGUUGCCAUAUUUAUAGAUAUGGAUACUACAGAAGUGAUAUCUCUGUUGUAGAGGGAAUCCUUGAGGUAAAUAUUAUUCAGAUGACAAACAUCCAGAUUACAGAAAGUCAAGCUGAAAACUCACUGGUUGACUUUGUCGUUACCUGCCAAGGGAGUCUCCCCACAGAUGUUUGCACAGUAGUUUCUGACCCCACAUGCCAGGUAUCCAAGAGUGUGGUAUGCGACCCCAUCGUUAUCACUGAUGAAUGCUUGCUCACCAUCAGGAGAGCUUUUGAGAAACCUGGAACAUACUGUAUAAACAUCACCUUGGGGGAUGACACGAGCCAAGCCCUUGCCAGUGCACUGAUUUCUGUAAAUAGAGCAUCACCAGCAGGAACAACAGAAGGUGUCUUUGUUUUCCUUGGUUUGUUGGCAGUGUUUGCCACCAUUGGAGCUUUCGUCCUUUACAAGAGAUACAAGCAAUACAAGCCUAUUGAGAGAAGUGCAGGACAAGCAGAGAACCAGGAGGGACUAACUGCUUACUUCAGCAGUUUCAAAGCAAUUUUCUUCCCGAGUAGCACUGAGAGAAAUCCUCUGCUGAAAAGCAAACCCGGCAUUGUUUAAACCUUUAGUCUAACACUGGCUAUUAGAUUACAUACAUGACAUAUAUCUGAACUGUAUUAUGAUAGGGUUUUCUUGUUAAAAAACAGGGGG